AUGGCCGGAGCUCACAGGCUCCUCGUCAGUAUGUCCUGCGAGGCCGGCACGCCGCACUGGACGCUGACGGCGGCGGUUCUCUUGAGCCUCCUGCUGGGCAUCGUGUCGGCGUACCCGCUGCCGAACGCCACCUCGCUGCUGGAGAAGCGAUGGGAGACGCUCUUCUCCCGCUCCGUGCUCGGGAUCUCCGGGGAAAAGCCGGAGCUCAACUGGGAGAGUGACUACCUGCUGGGCAUCAAGAGAGUGCGGAGGCUCUACUGCAACGUGGGCAUCGGCUUCCACCUGCAGGUCCUUCCCGGCGGCGCGAUCAACGGCGUCCACCGCGAGAACCAGUACAGUCUCAUUGAGAUCUCGACAGUGGAGAGAGGGGUGGUGAGCCUGUAUGGAGUCAAGAGUGACUUGUAUGUCGCCAUGAACAGACGGGGGAGGUUAUAUGGGACGACCGUGUUCCAUGAUGAAUGCAAGUUCCGUGAACGGAUGCUCCCCAACAACUACAAUGCAUAUGAGUCGCUGGCGUACAGAGGCUCUUACGUGGCGCUCAGCAAGCACGGCCGCGUCAAGAGGGGCAACAAGGCCACCACUGCCAUGACUGUGACGCACUUCCUACCCCGAAUAUGA